GUCCAAGUACAUGUCAACAUCCACUAAUGUCUAGAUAUUUUAUGCUACAUAUAUUCUCAUACAUACUAUGCAUUUCACAUAUCCAAGCAAUGCCUGGCCUCAAGCUUCUACGUUUUCUUUCAAUUAUUGUCCUCUUGAACAUCGCCGCCGGAUCAACACGCAUCAUGGCGUCACCUCCGGCAGUCAAAGGCGCUUAUUGGCCUUCAUGGUCUCAAACAUUUCCACCUUCUGUCAUAGACACAAGUUUGUUCACUCAUAUCUACUAUGCUUUUCUCUCGCCAAAUAAUGUCACUUUCAAGUUCGAAAUACCUGAUUCGACCGCGGCUCUCCUCCACAACUUUGCAACCACCCUUCACCGUAAAGAUCCGCCGGUGAAAACCCUAAUCUCUAUUGCCGGAGGAGGUGCUGAUCCUAAGCUGUUUGCUAGGAUGGCAUCAGAGGCAAAGUCACGUAAAGUGUUCAUAAAUUCAGCUAUUGAAGUAGCAAGAAGAUUUGGAUUUGAUGGGCUAGAUCUUGAUUGGGAGUUUCCUAAGGACCCAAAAGAGAUGCAAGACUUGGGCCAGUUGUUUGAAGAAUGGCGUAAUGUGAUCCAAACGGAGGCUAAAUCCACAAAAAAGCCUCCUUUAUUGCUCACGGCGGCCGUGUACUUCUCCGUCGAGUUCUUAUGGGCCGAGACGUACCGGAAGUUCCCGGUGGAGCCGAUGAAGAAAAACUUGGACUGGAUUAAUGUAAUGUGUUAUGAUUAUCAUGGUUCAUGGGACACUACAGCUACAGGGGCCCAAGCUUUAUUGUAUGAUCCAAAGAGUAAUAUAAGCACAAGCUAUGGGCUUAGGUCAUGGAUCAAGGCUGGAAUGCCGCCGCAGAUGGUGGUUAUGGGCCUGCCAUUGUAUGGGAGGACUUGGAAGCUGAAAGACCCGAAUGUAAACGGAAUCGGAGCACCGGCGGUCGGAGUUGGGCCCGGAGAAGAAGGUGUGUUGACAUAUUCCCAGGUGGAGAAGUUCAACAAGGAGAAUGGAGCAACAGUGGUAUAUGAUGUGGAAACAGUGUCUACAUAUUCAUAUGUUGGAACAUCAUGGAUUGGGUAUGAUGAUGAAUUGUCCACCACUACUAAAUUAGGGUUUGCUCAGGCCCUUGGGCUUCGUGGGUAUUUCUUUUGGGCCCUUAGUUUUGAUGCAGGCUGGAAAAUCUCAACCCAAGCUUCAAGGGCAUGGGCAAGUGAUGAAUGAUGUUGAAGAUUGGGAAAUGGAGAUAACUGCAAGUAUCAAAAAAAUUUAAAUCUCCCUUUUUUUAAAAAAAUAAUUGUGCAAGUUCAUAGAACUGAAUGGUGGCAAAUGAUUUAUAUGAUGGAAUUCAAUUUGUUUGAUAUUAGGGUUUAAUUAUUGUUUGUGUAUAGCUCACGAGAAUCUAAUAAAUGUUAGUAUAUUAGUA